AUGCUUCCCUCAACGCUCCUUUAUCCAUUUGCGCUCCUUCUUGCUUGCACUGUCGCUUUAGCGCAAGAAUCGUCCACUACCACGCCCAUCAGCAGCACCACAACUUCAACCACAACUUCGGCCACAUCUACCCCAACAACCGACGACACGACUCCAGAUGUCCAUCUACGCGUCCCUCAGCUGCAUGUCGGGCGAAUCGAGCUUGAUGUAGACAACCUCCAAGCAAAUCUCAACCUGAAGGCCAAGGUUGCUUCGUUGGUCCAGGUCAACGCGGGCGUCGCCGUCUCCAUCGAAAAAGUCAACAUCACUAUCUCACAAGUUGACGCCGAGGUUGAGCUGGUUGUCCGCCUAGGACACCUUGUGGAUAUUGUGAAUCGUGUGUUCAAGAGUCUUGACCUCAACCCACUCCUCAUCGACGUUAUCAACGACGUGACGGAUGUGCUUCGAGUGGUGGUUGGCGCGGUGGACGGGCUUAUUGGGAGCAUAACGCAGAACGGGAACGUGCUGAAUUUCCUCAUCGACAACCUAGGCAAUAUUGUGCAAGAGGUUACCGAUGCAGCUGGCGCCGUCACAUCCACCAUUGUCGGCGACUUCAAACAAAACAUGACUGCUACCGGCGCGGUAAAGCAGCUCGCAGACGGGCUCAUCGAGAAAACCUUCUCAUUCGCCCCGCUGAAUGCGCUUGUUGACAUUGUGUUCAACGAGGCCGGCCAGGUGGUGCAAGCCACGGUACAGAAGAAGGGCGGGAGUGGAACAACAACGACGACUACCACGACUUCGCCGACGCCAGCCCCGACCAGGGCAAAGAGGCAUGGGAGGGCGGUUCACCAAGAGUUGUGA